ACAGUGGGUGCUCGUUUUAUUUCUUUCUUUGAAUCAGCCAGUCAGGCUUUAGUUCCCCCCCACCCCCCUCCCCACCCUCCCAAAAAAAGACUGAUUUUGGACAACAGAAGGAACCAGUACAACUGUUUGGUUUCACGCUGCGCCAGAUGGAGCCACCAGCCACUCCGGGAGCCAGCCUGGUGAAUUUGGAGUUAACUGUGGAGAAUGUGGAGUUGGCUCUCUACCAGCUGUACUAUGACCCAGACAUGGUGCAUAAGAGUGAGGCCCAGAAGUGGCUGACCCAGGCUCAGACCUCCGCACAGGCAUGGCAGUUCUGCUGGGCCCUGCUCAGCCCAGGCAAGCUCCCAGAAAUUCAGUUCUUUGGUGCCAGCACCCUCCAUACAAAGAUCUCCCGUCACUGGAGUGACCUUCCCACAGACCAGCAUCAGAGCCUGAAGAUGCAGCUCCUCUCCCACAUCUUACACUUUUCCUCCGGGCCCAAAAUGGUGCUGACCAGGCUGUGUGUGGCUCUGGCCUCUUUGGCUCUUAACCUGAUUCCACAGGCCUGGCCCCAGCCCGUGGCAGAAAUGGUCAGAGCUUUCCAACCAGAGAAGGCUGAAGCUGAAGGCGGCACGGCUGGCUCUGGUGCCAGGGUUGAGCAGGACCCACAUGCCCACUGCCUUGCCCUGCUGGAGCUCCUCACUGUGCUACCAGAGGAGUUCCAGAGCAGCCGGCUCACCCAGGCUCGCCGGUCCCAGCUGAGGGAGGCCCUAGCUGCGGAGUGGGCAGUGGUGUGUCCCCUGCUUCGUCAGCUGCUCCAGAGCCAGGACUCCCCAAACCAGGUGAAAGAGAGGGUGCUGCGCUGUCUUUCCAGCUGGGUAGGGCUGGAUGUGCCGCUAGGGGAGAGCCAGGGACUGGUCCAGGACUGUUUCACCACACUGUCCAACCCUGAGCUUUUUGACACGGCUGUGGAGACAAUAGUUAAUGCCAUCUCACAGCCAGAUUGCCAGAGGUACACUGAUGCUCUUGUGAACUUGAUGCCUCUGGUGCUGGGUCUACAUGACCAGCUGAAGGCAGCGGCACAGGAUGGGGACAUGGAGACCUCACAUGGUAUCUGUCGCAUUGCUGUUGCUCUGGGGGAGACACACUCCAGGAUUUUGUUGGAGCAGGUGGAACGUUGGCAAGAAUAUCUGGCCUUGGUGAACAUGAUUCUGUUCUGCACUGGGAUUCCUGGGCAUUAUCCAGUCAGUGAAACCACCAGCUCCCUUACACUCACCUUCUGGUACACACUGCAGGAUGACAUCUUGUCGUUUGAUGAGGAGAAGCAGGCAGUUUACCUGCAGGUCUACAGGCCAGUCUACUUCCAGCUGGUAGACGUGCUGCUACAUAAAUCCCACUACCCGUCUCAGGAGGAGUACGCCUCCUGGUCCUCUGAUGACAAGGAGCAGUUCAGAAUCUACAGAGUGGACAUCUCUGACACUCUGAUGUAUGUGUAUGAAAUGCUGGGGGCAGAGCUCCUCAGUAACCUGUAUGACCGGCUGGGCAGGCAGCUGAUGGACACCCAGCAUUCAGCUGUGUGGCAGGACACUGAGGCUCUGUUGUUUGGUUUCCAGUCCAUAGCGGAGACCAUAGAUGUGAACUACUCUGAUGUUAUCCCUGGCCUUAUUGGCCUUAUCCCCAGAAUCAACAUCAGCAACAUUAUGCUGGCUGACACAGUGAUGUACACUAUAGGGUCCCUGGCAGAAUGGCUGGCUGACCAUCCGGUGAUGCUGAGUGGGAUAUUACCCAUGGUGCUCCAGGGCCUUGUGAAGCCAGAGCUGUCUGUGUCCAGUGUCUCUACUCUGAAGAGGAUCUGCCGGGAGUGCCGACAUGACCUCAGCCCCUAUGUGCAUGACAUCAUGACAGUGUCACAGGAUGUGCUGGUAAAAGAAAUCCACAAGAGCAGCCAGUGUAUGUGGCUGAUGCAGGCUCUGGGUUUCCUCCUGUCCGCCCUCCCAGUGGAAGAGAUUCUGGGCAGCCUUGACUCCCUUAUCACCCCUCAUGUCCAGAGGCUGGACACACUGGCCCAGCAGGAGCCCAAUCCCUCCAAUAAACUGUCCAUAAUACAUAUACUGGGGAUGCUGUCCAGUCUCUUCACCACUCUGGACAUCAACAGACAGGCAGACAGCAUGGAGGGAGCAGCUCUUCCCAGACUCACACCCUCCCACGCCACACCUAACCCGGUAGUGGUUGUGUUGCAGCAAGUGUUUACACUGAUCCAGACCAUCCUGAGCAAGUGGCUCGAUGACUCAGAAGUGGUAGAGGCAGUGUGUGGGGUAUUCGAGAAGUCAGUUCGAACCCUCCUACAUGACUUUGGCCCCAUGGUGGCCCAGCUGAGCGAGAUGCUGGGACAGAUCUAUAGUGCUUUCCCGCAAGCUUCGGCUCUGGACCUCGCACGUCAGAUGGUGCACAUAUUUGCUGGAGAGGAACAACACGCCUCUUCUAUCAAAAGCCUGAUUGAAGUGUUGACUUCUGCGACUCUCACCAUCUUUCAGCAAGGCCCAAGGAAUCAUCCGGAUAUUGCUGAAUCAUUUAUGCAACUUCAUACUCAGAUCCUCAAAAGGAAGCCUGACUUGUACUUGUCUGAGCAGCUGGAUGUUAAAGCUCUGUUUUAUUGUGGGGUUCUGUCACUCAAAUUUCCAGAGACACCCACGGUCAAAUCAGCCAGUUUGUUCUUUACAGAGCUCUUGCCUCGGUUUAAAGACAUGCCACCUAUGGAUGGAAAGCUGCUGACGGAGACUGUACUUGAGGCAGUCGGAGGUGGGUCUCCCCGCAGCCUGACAGAGCACUUCUCUGAGGUGCUGUUCAGUCUGAACAGACACUGUCCAGCCCUGCUGUCUCAGUGGCUGAAGGAGAGCCUGCAGACCCCGGGGUUCCCCUCUGCCCAGGUCACCAUGGAGCAGAAGGAUGCCUUCACUCAGCAGCUUCUAAGGGAGCAGACCAACAAGCGACGUGUCAAAGAGAUUGUGAAGGAGUUCUCCCUGCUCUGCCGCGGCCUCCAGGGAACCGGAUACUCAGCAGACUACUAGCUUGAAUUUCUGGCUGUCUCCUGUGACUCAUCUUUCCUCAGUUAAAGUCUCCAAGAAAGAUUAAGGGAAAUUUCCACAAAAAAGGACACAAAUCCCUUUUUAAAAUGGCUUCAGUGCCGAAGCCAAAUAUGAUUCACUUGUGGAUGACACUGGACUAUCAAAAGUCAUAAUAAUAUACCAAAGCAGAAAUGUGGAAAAAUGAAGUUUCUGUUUAAGUGAGCCAGGAUAAUACUUGAUUUUGCUGCCAUUUAUCUAAUAUUCUAAUAUUUCAAUGAAAGGGCCUCUGUGAGACAUGUUAACCAGAUUUUUUUUUUUUUUUUAUGAAACACUUUUGUCAGUUCUGAUAUACAGUGUGAGACAAGUGUCUUGGUGACAAUUACAACUUCAAGUUGUUCCAAAGUGUCCUUUUUUAGCUCUUACACACGGAUGCACAAGGAUCCAA